GACCUUGGAUGGUCCUCAACCAGGAGAAACUUGGCCAGCCCGCCACCAACGGCUUGGCUUUCCUUAAAAAGCUUCGGUGACAAGAUCUGAACUCGGCUCGGGAAGCCCUCCAAGCUGGGGGGGGGGGGGGGGGGGGGGGAGAGAAAACACCCCCCUCCCUUCUCAAUCCAUGUCAGACGCUGCCUUUUGUCUCCUCUGCCAGACUCUUCCUCGCCCCUUGCCUGGUUUUUAAUGUUUAAAUUUAGUUUUUAAAGUUGGGAAGGAUCCCUUCCUGCAGUGAGGAGGAGAUCCUCUUUGGCCCUCAAGUUUAGCCAGCGGGAUUUCUUUCUCUCUCUCUCUUUUAAACCCAUCACCCUGGAAGAGAUGUUGAUUUGUUGUUUCAGUGCUGGGCUGGGCAGCUGAAAGCAGCAGAGCUUUUAAAUAGAAGUGGGAAGAGAAAUCCCGAAUUGAAGGACGGAAAAAGGAUAAGGGGUUCACGGAAGGAGAGGCGGGAGCCGAAAAGCAGAAAUUAAAAAUGUCGGGCGGGAUCUUCACCCCCUUGGAGAACCUGUGUGAGCUGGACAACGCCAACUGCCACCCGCUGGUGUGCUUCCUGUGCCACGAGCAGUACGAGCACCCCUGCCUCCUGGACUGCUACCACAACUUCUGCGCCAGCUGCCUGCGGGGACGAGCCAUCGACAGCCGCCUGGCCUGCCCCCUGUGUGGCCACCAGUCCGUCGUGAAGGGGAAUGGGCUCCCUCCUGAAGACCAGCUGCUCAAAUUCCUAGUGGACAGCUCCGGAGAUUACGAGGAGGAUGUCCUGUGUGCGAAUUGUGACCUGCAAAGCACGAAGCAGGAGCUGGACGCCAUGUACUUCUGCAACACCUGCAGCCAGCCGCUGUGUGCCAAGUGCCGGGAAGAGACGCACAAGGCCAGGAUGUUCUCCCGCCACGAGAUCGUCUCGCUGAGCAAACGGGCAAAGGAGGUCCAUAAGAAAUGCCCCCUCCACGAGGAAUUGUACAUCAUGUUCUCCACGGAGAAAAAAUCCAUGCUUUGCAUUAACUGUUUCCGGGAUAUGCCUGUGGAGAGCCGAGCUCAUUGCAUCGAUAUUGAGACGGCCUACAUGAAGGGGUGUGAGAAGCUGGACCAGGCUGUGAUGGCGGUGAAGGAGCUGCAGACGUCCACCCGCGAGGCCAUUGUCCUGCUCAAGGCCAUGAUCGAGGAGGUGCGGAACAGCGCGGACGAGGAGUCCUCGGCCAUCAACGCCCUCUUUGGCAGCAUGCAGGAGAAGCUGGCCGAGAGGAAGAGGAGCCUGCUAAAGGCUGUGCAGAGCCAGUACGAAGAAAAGGAAAAGGCAUUUAAGGAGCAGCUGUCUCACCUGGCUUCUUUGCUGCCAACCCUCCAGGUGCACCUGGUCACCUGCUCAGCGUUCCUCAGUUCGGCCAACAAAGCUGAAUUCCUGGAUCUGGGCUACCAACUCAUGGAGCGCUUGCAAAGGAUUGUCAAACAACCCCACCGGUUGAGGCCGUCGCAAACCAGCAAGAUCAACAGCGAAUACCGGGCUGAGUUUGCCCACUGCCUGGAGCCGCUGCUGCCUUUGUCCCCACGCUGGUCAGUGGUGGGCACUGCAGGAGCCAUCGGACCCGGCCUGAGCAACAGCAACAUGAUGUCUGGGGUUGCCAGCUCCAAGACCCUCUUAGCGACCGGCUGUUCGUCAUCGCUUGAGAAAAUGCCCCUGCCUGGGUCGCCGGUAAGGAAGGCCACGAUGCACCGAUAUAUCAGCACCAAAGUCCUCCUAGCCGAAGGGAGAGAGACGCCGUUUACCGACCACUGUCGGGACUACGAGAACACCUAUCGGGCGCUGCAGUCUGAGGUCCAGAGCCUGAAGGACCAGGUGCAGGAGCUCCACCGCGACCUCACCAAGCACCACUCCCUGAUCAGGACGGAGAAGGUCAGCGAAAUCCUGCAGAAAUCCCUCCAGGUGGACGUCCAGAUUGCCUCCCAGUUCUCCUCGGUGGAAAUGAGACGGACCGGGUUUGAAGAGACCUGGGAGGAGACUUACCAGCGGGUGGCCAACGAGCAGGAGAUUUACGAAGCCCAGCUCCACGACCUGCUGCAGCUCCGGCAGGAGAACAGCUACCUGACGGCCAUCACCAAGCAGAUCGGCCCCUACGUCCGCUCCAUCGCCCGGGUCAAGGAGAGGCUGGAGCCCAGGUUCCAGGAGGGGAAAGAGAGAACGGAUCCGCCAGAGAGCCUGCUCAAGAUCUGCGAAGACGGAUCCCCCCCGGCCAAAGCUCAGCCCAGCACCGGCAAAGAAUGGGCCCCUAAACCGGAAGCGCCGAUGCUCAGCUCAGCCGCCACAGACCCGCAGCCGAAACUCCCCGAGGUCUUCAAAAACAAGACGAAAAUGAGGGCCGAGACCCCCUUGGACCCCACAGGAGCCCCAGCCAGCCUCCCCAAGGAAGGAGACCUGGAGACGCAGCUCCUUUUGCGCUGAGGGUGCAAAAUUUUCCUUGCGGAAAAAUAAAAAUAUCUGCCUACCCACCUGUGC